CCUUCAGGAUUGCCUGGAGCCUCGUGACCUAGCCUUGCCAGGGGCAGAGGGCACCACCGAGCCUUAGGAAGGGGAUGCCCCCAAGGGUGCUGGUCCAAUCAGCUGCCCCAGUGCACAGGCCCAGUCUGGCCCCUGUGCUCCCCCAUCUGGUACCCCAAGCAGCCCCCCUGGCAGGUAGCCCCCGCCAUGGCCGAGCACCUGGAGCUGUUGGCAGAGAUGCCCAUGGUGGGCAGGAUGAGCACGCAGGAGCGGCUGAAGCAUGCCCAGAAGCGACGUGCCCAGCAGGUGAAGAUGUGGGCCCAGGCUGAGAAGGAGGCCCAGGGCAAGAAGGGGCACCGGGAGCGGCCGUGGAAGGAGGCCCCCGGUGGCAGGCCGCAGAAGCGGGUCCUCUUCCCUCCCAGCGUCACCCUUCUGGAGGCUGCUGCCCGAAAUGACCUGGAGGAAGUCCGCCAGCUCCUCGACAGUGGGGUCAGCCCUGACCUGGCCAAUGAGGAUGGCCUGACGGCCCUGCACCAGAGCUGCAUCGAUGACUUCCGAGAGAUGGUGCAGCAGCUCCUGGACGCCGGGGCCGAGGUCAAUGCCCGUGACAGUGAGAGCUGGACGCCCCUGCACGCUGCGGCCACCUGCGGCCACCUGCACCUGGUGGAGCUGCUCAUUGCCCGCGGUGCUGACCUCUUGGCCGUCAACACUGAUGGGAACAUGCCUUAUGACCUAUGUGAGGAUGAGGGGACGCUGGACUUCCUGGAGACAGCCAUGGCCAACCGUGGCAUCACCCAGGACAGCAUCGAGGGGGCCCGGGCCUUGCCAGAGCUGCAUAUGCUGGACGACAUCCGUGGCCUGCUGCAGGCGGGAGCCGACAUCAACGUCCCCCAGGACCAUGGGGCCACGCUGCUACACGUCGCAGCUGCCAAUGGGUUCAGCGAGGCGGCUGCCCUGCUGCUGGAACACCAGGCCAGCCCGAGCGCCAAGGACCAGGACGGCUGGGAGCCGCUGCAUGCUGCAGCCUACUGGGGCCAGGUGCACCUGGUGGAGCUGCUCGUAGCACAUGGGGCCGACCUGAACGGGAAGUCUCUGAUGGAUGAGACGCCUCUCGACGUGUGCGGGGACGAGGAGGUGCGCACCAAGCUGCUGGAGCUGAAGCACAAGCACGACGCGCUCCUGCGCGCCCAGGGCCGCCAGCGCUCUCUGCUGCGCCGCCGCACCUCGAGCGCGGGCAGCCGGGGGAAGGUGGUGAGGAGGGUGAGCCUGACCCAGCGUACCAGCCUGUACCGCAAGGAGCACGCCCAGGAGGCCAUCGUGUGGCAACAGCCACCGCCCACUAGCCCAGAGCCCCCCGAGGAGGACGAGGAUGGCCGAACGGAUGCAGAGCUGCGGCCUGUGCCCAGUGAGGAGGAGGACCCAGAGUUGGCCAGGCUGCACAACGGCCGCGUGGGAGGUUCCCCAGGGCGGCACCUGUACUCCAAGCGGCUGGACCGGAGCGUGUCCUACCAGCUGAGCCCCCUGGAGAGCACCACCCCCGAUGCCCUGGCCCACGCCAAGGCCCACCACACCCUGGCGGAGCUGAAACGCCAGCGAGCCGCUGCUAAGCUGCAGCGACCCCUGCCCGAGGGCCCCGAGCUGGGGCUGCCCGUGGACCCCGAGAGCCCCCAGCCAUGCAGCCCCAGGGCCGCCGGAGACCCGCCCCUGCUGAGGCUCACGGCGCCCUCGGAGGAGGCCCCCAUGGAGAAGAGGCCCUGCUGUCUGCUCAUGUGAGACUGCCCUCGGGUGACUGACGACGCCCUGCUCCGGACCCCAGUGCUGCUGAUGGGGGACGGCCCCUGGCGGAAGUCGUGCGGGGGGACCUGCUGCGGAGACCUAGUUUCAUCCUGUGACUCCUGAUAAAGGGCUGUUCCGCCACCUGC